GUUUUUUUUUCCUUUGUACUUGGCUUUAGAUUUACAGUAAAAACAGAUAAACUUUGCACCAGGUUUCUUAUCAGCUUUAGACGCCUAUAAUUUGAUAAUGAUUAUGUUUCAUGUUACUGUCUUUACGUCGAUUUGUAUCGCAUUUUUAAUAUUGCUUUUCAUUUUGAUUCACUUGCAACUCGGCCAUAUUCUACUGGAAAUCCAUGGAAAGUGAAAUCCUGGAACUAUCAUUAGUUGGUCUGUCACUUCGUUGUUUCUUGGUAGUUGAGCUUUUGACCUUUUGUAAUUUUCUAUAUGAGCUGUUCGUUUACGUCCUUUGUUUGUCUACUGACUGUAGUCCAGCUGUUUGAUUACUGCGUAUUUGUAAUAUUUUGAUUUCUGGAACUUAAAGUUUGAUGUUUGGCAGUUUCAGUGCUGAAUCUUUGAAGUGGUUAUACUCAGUUGGCUAGAAAAUGUUUUGUCCUCAAAUGAAGUUCUGCUGGAUAAUGUUUUAAUCAUCCUGUGUCUGAGAACAAGAAAGUAAGAAAAAAAUGGCUAUAGCUUCUGCUGUAAAAGUAGUUCCAGGUUCAAUUGCUUUUGCCGUCUUCUGGAUACUGGCUCUUUUCCCUUCUAUCCCAUUUUUACCUGUUGGAAGGACUGCAGGGUCCCUUCUCGGAGCUAUGCUUAUGGUCAUCUUCCAAGUCAUGACCCCAGAUCAAGCAUAUGCUGCGAUUGAUCUCCCAAUCCUUGGUCUUUUAUUUGGAACGAUGGUCGUCAGCGUUUAUCUUGAGAGAGCAGAUAUGUUCAAAUACUUGGGUAAGUUGCUGUCAUGGAAAAGCAAGGGUGCCAAGGACUUGCUUUUUCGAAUUUGCCUCAUCUCUGCUAUUUCAAGUGCUCUUUUUACUAACGACACCUCUUGUGUGGUUUUGACUGAAUUUGUGCUGAAAGUCGCAAGGCAGCAUAAUCUCCCUCCUGAGCCAUUCCUACUUGCCCUCGCCUCAAGUGCAAAUAUUGGAUCUUCAGCCACUCCGAUUGGCAACCCUCAAAACCUGGUUAUAGCAGUUCAGAGUAAGAUUUCUUUUGGGAAUUUUCUCUGGAGAAUUCUCCCUGCAAUGGUUGUGGGAAUCACUGUGAAUAUUACGAUUCUUACGUGUAUGUACUGGAAGUUGUUAUCCACUACUCAGAAGGAUGAAGAGGAUGCAACAGCAGAAGUUGUUGCUGAUGAGGAUGUCAAUUCUCAUCGGUUUACUCCUGCUACUAUGUCACAUUUUACAUCUUUAAAUUCCCAGGAGUGGAACUCUAGCUUGGAGUCCUCGGACAUUCAAAGCUCCCCCAACAUGAAUGGCCACAUGAACCAUGCUGAAACUCUCAGAAACCAAAUCGGUUCAACUGAGAAUAAAAUAUGCAGUGCAUCCACCGGUGCACAUGAGGCUACAAGGAAUUCAAAUGCUUCCAGCAGAAAGGCAACACUUGAUGGGUCUUCUCAGAGAAAGGAGGAUACUGUUCCUUCAAAGAGGAUUGCAUCAUUGGAUAUGUCGAGAGAUGUAUCGGAUACACAAUUGCCAGGAGAAAAGGAAAAGUUUGCUACAAAAUGGAAAAGGACGUUGCGGAAAUCAAGUGUUUACGUUGUUACCAUAGUGAUGCUGAUUUCUUUGCUAAUGGGUUUGAAUAUGUCAUGGACUGCAAUUACUGCUGCACUUGCUCUUGUUGUUCUUGAUUUUAGGGAUGCUCGGCCAUGCCUUGAUAAGGUCUCCUAUUCGCUUUUGAUUUUCUUUUGUGGAAUGUUUAUCACUGUUGAUGGAUUUAACAAAACUGGAAUCCCGAGUGCUCUGUGGGACUUAAUGGAGCCUCAUGCAAAAAUAGAUCAUGCAUCUGGGACAGCAGUUCUUGCUAUUGUCAUACUUGUCCUGUCAAAUUUGGCCUCAAAUGUACCAACUGUUCUCUUGCUUGGAGGACGGGUAGCAGCAUCAGCAGCUGCAAUUUCUGCAGCUGAUGAGAAAAAGGCAUGGUUAUUUUUGGCCUGGGUCAGUACUGUAGCUGGGAAUCUGUCGCUAAUGGGAUCAGCUGCCAACUUGAUCGUCUGUGAGCAAGCUCAAAAAGCUCCGGAAUUUGGGUACAACUUAACUUUCUGGAAACAUCUUAAAUUUGGAGUUCCCUCUACUAUUGCAGUUACUGCUGUUGGUUUGAUGCUCAUAAGAUGAUAACAUUCAGAUCAUGUAUCUGUAAGAGCAACGUGUGUGUUGUGUCAUUACCAAUUAUUUCUGCAUAGAAUAUGAUCCAAGAAAGCUUCAUGUUAACCAAAUAGAGUCAAAGAUUGAGUGUAGCCUGUGGUGUGAUCAAUGAGUUAUAAUUAUAUGAAGGCUUAAUGCUUGCUA